AUGGAGGCAAAGGGGAGCAGAGGUGGGGAGCCGCAGCUGCGACCACACACCAGCAUGGACGAGUCUGCGACACCGCCCACGGCGAGCAGCGUCGCGAAAGCCUCGACUGCGUCGGUCAACACAGCCACGAGCCCGCUUCAGUCGAGUGACGGCGAGGAUGACAAUAGAGCACCGAACUCGGCUGCAUUGUCGCCAGACUCCGCGUCGCCGAGCAGCUCCAUCGCCAGCAGCAGCUUCUCGAUGUUCUCGCAGAGCACGACGACUCGACGGGGCGAGGAGGGGAAAAGAGAAGAGUGCGCAGAGAGAGGCAGCGCAGCAUCGCUGGCGCCGAGCCUGACGAAGCGGUCCCGUGUGUUGUCGUCGUCACCAGCUGCGACACGCAAGAACAGCCCCGGUGAAUUCGCAGUACCAUUGGCGAGCCCGGCUCCCACGCAGCCUGAGGGGGCUCUACCCCUUCUUUCUACUGCUGCAUUAGCUGAAGUGGUUGCGGUGCCGGCUUCUGCUGCUGACCCUCUCGGUAGUACCAUAAACACCGACGUACCAAUGCACGGGGACCCGUUGUCCCCGUCGCCCACUGCUCCACAGUCGUCUGCACCCUCCCUGGUGGCUCCAGAGGAGGUGCCUACGCCUUCGGUCGGUGAUGCCGCCGAAGAGGGUUCUGCGCCUCCCGCCGCACCAGGAACACUACCGGCAAGUGCAGCCGCGGCAGUAGACGAGAGGGUUGUCGAUGCCGGCGGUGCGAAGUGCGUCACGGAAGGCGACGAGAGUGAAGGUAGUGGUGCCAGCGCAUCACACUCGCUGCACUGUGACAAUGGCGCCCCUAUGGACGGACGGGCGGAGACGUCACCAAACGUUGAACAGCCUUCUGCACUCUCGGGUGAGUGUUUGCCCGCAACGUGGACGGAGCCACCGCCGCCUCCAUCGCAUGCCUCUGCAGAUGCGGGUGUGAGGCGUAGCGAAGAGCAUUCAAAUGCCCCCAGCGGCUCUCCCCAUGCGCCGCCCUCUGCCUCGGCAUCCUUCCUUCGCGAGUCGCCGGAGGAACCGCCAAGUCUGUUGCGCAUCGCCCCGGAGGAGCAGCUUCGCCACAGUGGGGGCCUGAGUGGGACUAUUGACAGCAACAGCGACAAGAUCGAGGGGGCGGCGACUUGCGGUGAUGCGGGUGGUGGCUGGGGCAGCCAACGCCGUCCACACCACAGCUCUGCUCACCGAAAUGGGGCGAUCGCCGAGAGGGACGAGACGCAAAACGAUGGGAGCGUGAGCGGGGAUAGCGAUGCACGCGAGGGCUCUGAGAGAUGCGGACGACUGCGCGGUAGUGGACAUCGUCGACGCACCCGAGAGCUGGACACGGAGGCCUCCCACACGUCCCCGCUGCACGCAUCCGGGAGCCAGUCGCAUCAAGAGGGUUUCCCUGCGUGGGGCCCGUUUCCGUCCCCCACUGCCGCACUCGACGCGGGGCUGACCUCCAUGGCGGGUGCUGCUGCCAAUGACGUGCCCCAGCCGCGAGCGGCACCCCAGCACCCCAGCUGUUCUUUCUCCGCGUCUACUCACGCUCACACACCCAACGUGAAAGCAAGCACAGCAGCGCCUUCACUCACCGCAGCUGAUGCACUGGCCAGCAUCCACACUAUGGGGAUCUCCUCUACGCAGGCGAGGCUGUUGCCAACCGAGCGCCGUCGCAGCUCAAGGGAGCUACUGUCGAGUGGCCGGCCGGACAUGGUCUUCCAGACCGCCGAGGACGAGAGUGAUGAGGUUGCUGCCCCUGAAGGCAAGGGGUUUCAGUCAUCCACGCGGGCGCGACAGCAGCAGGGGCAGGAAGAGCGCGCAUGUACUGAGGACGAUGUGGUUGGUAAGGCAACAGUGGUCGCCAUUACUGCCGAGGAGGCACCAGCGCCACCAUCAUUGCCGCCUGCGACGCACGUGCGAGAGGCCGCUGCUGUCGCCGUUGCACCGCUGCUUCUGCACCCCAAGGAACGCCAGGGAGACAAGCGCGCAGAGGCGCUUGCAUCCGCGUCCGCCCCACCUUUGCGGCCAACCCCAGUUGUUGCGAUGACUAGGGGUGCAAUGUCUCUUGACGGAGGGGCGUCAGCCACGGGAGCACCGGCGCUGUCGACAGCAGUGCUACCCGCUCCUGCGCACCCCUCCCCUCUUGGUUCAUCACCUUCUGCACUAGCAGUGUCGUCUCCUCCGGCACAGUCCACGACACACCACCAGCCACCGCCGCCGCCGCCGCCACCGUCCUCCUCCGCAGUAGCCACACUGGCACCCUCGUCCGCCACGGCAAAGGAAGCGGCUGCUGCCCGUGGGGGCCAUGAUGCCGACCGUGCCGUGGCCACGUCUACCUCUGCAGCUUCCGUAGAGCUGGACGCUGUACCCACCGCGCUGCACUCCGUAUCGAUCUUUCCAGCACUUCCCGUGCCUGUCGCGGCCGCUACUGCAGCCGCCGGCUCCAUUGGAGAGCCGCACAGGGAUGCGCAUCUGGCAUCUCUUCUCUGCGUUAACCGGCCCAUCUCUCUGGACCGGGCCGUCGGCGGCAGCGGGUCUGUAGAGACCGCCGGUAGCUGCACGACGUUAAAGAGCGCCGUGACGGGACAGAACCUUCCCUCGUUGGGUGGCGUGCGCGGCAGUGCGGUGCUCGGGCAGACGCCGCUGUCCAUGGCGCAGUUUGCGGAUCGCUGCACAUGGUCAGAAGAUGGGAGUCGACACGGCAGCGACGCGGACAACCGCAGCGCCAGCAGCACCGGUGAAGAGCGGGAGGGCACGGAAUCGUGGCAGUUGCACGCUGCCGCAAACUACCGCCAUGGGUACGACAGCAGCGGCAGCUUCUACUCUUACAGCUACGGCUCCUCGUUCAGCACUGGGAGCAUUACCGGCAGCACGAUUCGGGGCUUCCGCUCCUCUGUCAUCGUUAGCGCGCCGCGUCUGCAUGAUGAAGGAGAAGGGGCAGUAACCGGAGACACGGCAGAAGCCUCAGGCACGGAGGUAGUCAAGCUAGUCGAGUACGAGGAGGUCACCCCGGUUGUCCGUGGCAAGGGCGGCCUGCUGGGCUGGCUGUGCUGCGGCCGCAAGAGGGCCACGGAGGGAGUGCGCACGAGCCGCAUGGAAGUUCACCGUGUGCGCUGCACAGCAGAGUGCACCCCCAGAGAGCAUUCCAUAGGCCGUUCUGCCUUGCAUGCGGGGUGGCACAAGGACCUGCCAAGGCGCGAAGGCAGUGCGGCGUCGCCGGUGGCGACAGCUGGCGCUGUGCGAGCGAACAUCGCGACCCGCAGCGCGGACAAGGCGGUGAGGCAGGCGGGGCUCGGCGGAAUGAGAAGCGGCGGUGCCGCUGGCAGCGAAGGCAGUGGACCCCCGCAGGGACUCGGGAGCGCGACGGGGACACCACACAGCAGUGAAACGGGCACUGCUGAGAGCGGCAACAAGGGUAUGGGCGAGGCUGCAGCGUAUGCCGGUUGUAGAGGCAGCACGAGCAGCUACGCCGACGGUGAGGCGCCACUCAUAAGCCGGGCCGAUACGCUAGCUCCCUCUCACGACGGAGCUGAAGAGAUGAGGGAGGAGGACAGCGACGUUCGCAGUCAGGGCGAAGGGGCUGAGUCUGCUGCUGCUGCUGCUGAGCAGAACAGAACAUCUCCACUUGACGUCGUCGGCCAGGCCGCUUUCGGCAGCUCCGCGUCGACGUCGUUUGCGAGGCUGGAUGUGUCGGUGAGUGUGAACACCAAGGCGUCUUCCUCAGCGGACUGGUGGCCUGAGGUUGACGGUGCCAACUACUCCAGCGGCAUGGGUGUACUGGGAAGCGAUGGCGGUGUGCCGGAGGGCGACGGGUCAGCUCCCUCCGCAGCCGCAGACGCCGCCGAGGCUCCCGACCAUUACAAUCGCGCUGUUGGUUGUACCGGAGGAGGGGGCGGAGUGGAGGAGAGGGAGGAGGGUGCGGUAACCACCGCCUCCACUGCACCUCAUCCGCUGUGGACACUCUUGGCGUCCACAGCGGAGCUGCCUCGGCUGCGCGCGUGGGACGCGGAGCCGCCUGUUGCCGCGAGCCCCGGUCUUUUGCACCAGGAGCGGGAGGCGAAGCGACUCGAGGUCAAGUACAAUGAAGAGGCGGUCACAGCUGCGGAGGAGGCGCAGCAGGCUUUCCGCCAGGCGGUGCAGGAGCUGAUGGUGCACCCACCUCGACAGUGUUUCUUUGUUUCGGUGCACGGGCUGCGGCACUGGUGCUCAGCGCUGCACUGCCCUCAGCAGGCACCAAGGGCGGCUUUCGCAAACGGCGCCGCGGCCAUGUUAGCAGGGGGGUGGCCCGACGCAUGGGGCGGCAACGCGCAAGCAGGCGCUCCGAUCAUGGAGGACCCCAAGUGGAUGGCCGUGCGGCUCGCUAUAUACGUGCACGACAGCGCCGGCGAGCGUCUUGUGGCGGCUGGCUCCGUCUUUUCUCUGCCAUCAAACCUGGAGGCGCUGCGGCGUUGCCUGGGAUGCGGUGGCGGUGGUAUUGUCGAACACCCUUCGACAGGCGGCUACGGGCGCGACAGCUGGUCCGACCUGCUUGUGUUUCAGCUCCCGGAGAGCGCGUCUGAGGGCGUUGCCGAAGGCAUGCAGGAGGCGGAGGUGCGUGAUCACGACAGCAUCGUGUCCAUCACAGCAGAAGGCACAACAGGACACUGCAGCGACCGCGGUGACGGUGGUGGUGACGCACCAAGUCAUCGAGCCUCGGGAUGCGGCCUGACAGACAGCAGCCAUCUUGGCUCUCUUGGCGCUUGUAGAAUCCUGUACGUGAAGCUUGAGGAGCGGGGCGAGCGCUGGGUAUCUCUGGGCGAUGCGUGCGUCUGUGCGGCGGCGACGCGGCCAAGCGAGGCGGCGUCUUGCGGAACGCGCGCAGACUCAUCUGUCGCGGAUGCGCAGCCGGCUACUUCUGCAGCCACCACCGGCACCAUAGGGGGUGGGGCUGGGGGCCUCGUGACAUCGUCCCAACAGGACGAGGAGGACACGCCCCCGUCAAGCGUGGGACGGCCGGCGGGGCCGUUGUCGCCGUCCUCAUCCUUGCCACUCGCAGGAGAAGCAGCGCUGCCCUCUUUCUCCGCUAGGGAGGCCGAAGCGGGCUGUGACGGUACGCGCCAUGCCAUUGGGGCCACAGCAGAGACGGACAGCGUGCACGUUCGAGCAUCGGACGACGGUGGUGGCGACGAGUGUGCCCCGGCGACAGGGACGCGACUUGAGGAGUGCUGGCGGCCCUUGGCAGUCUCACCGCCACUUUUACCGGCAGAUUUGUGCCAGCUCCAGUCGAAUCAACCACCGCUGCUCACCGCACUCGGAACCACGGCAGAGGCAGCAGCGAGCGCUGUCGCAUGUCCUGGGCAGCCCUUGCCGCAGCUAUCCUGUCGCCUGCGCUGGGCGCAGGAGCCGCGGCCCCGAUCUACAGCUGCGCCGGAGCCCGUUCCACAAGUACCAUCUGCUGAACAGGGUCUGUCAGCUUGGGCAUCGUUGGGGACCGCCAUCACGGAGUAUGAGCGUGUGUGCCGCUGCGCUUUCACCGGUGCCGUGUCGGCCCUCACAGCGGAGAGCCACACGCCGUCCCGACCGCUGACAGUGCUGUGGAACACAAUCCCGUCGCACCUGGCCGCAGAAAAUGAAAAGCCGCAAGAGGUGCGGACGGCGAGUGUCGCCACUGCUCCUCUGCAGCGCUGGUGCGGCGGGGAGUUGGCGCCGAGAGGGCACGCGAUGGAGGCACUGAUAGUGUGCUCUGUGGUGGUGAGGGGUGCCGCUGCGAUCCUCUUCGCCCACGAGUUGGCCGAUACGCCAGAGAGCCGCUAUUGCCCACCAACGUCGAUUUCGGUCACUGGUGGCUGUGAUGGUGUGGUAGUCGAGGGGGCCGCCGCUGUAGGAGCUGACGGCGCGCACGGCACACCUGUCGCACAUCGCGCCCCUGUCAUGCAGUACAACAUUAGCUUUCACGCAGUCCUCACGCGUGACACAGCUUCGUCGCUUCUCUUCACAGUGCACGGCGCCGCAUCGCCAGCGGACGUGUUCGGCUUUGCCGUGUGGACCCCGUUCGACGCCGCCUCUGCGGCGCAUGUGCAGAGCCGCCACCGCCAUGGUGAAGACGCCGGCGUCGGCGGCGUGGCGGAUGUGUGGCUUCCCCUUUUCGCCCCUGCCAGUGCUGACGCCGCACCACCGGCGACGACACCGGCGCAGCAGCGGAAGGCUUCGUCGUCCGGCAUCUCUUCUGCCACGCUAUCAAGCACCAACAAGGGCCAGAAGCGUAGCGCGACCGGCCUGCUGCUCGUUGGUUGGCUUCACUGCGACAUAGAAGCCGUGUUCUUGCCCUCGCUGGCCGAGGCGGCGGUGCAGCAGCUGUGGAACGGGCCGCAGCACAGCCUCUCCUCCCUCGCCGCGGAGGCCGGAGGAGAGUCGGGGCACGGCGGGUGCUGCAUGGGUCAUGGCAUCAGUGUUGACGACGACACCUUGGUGGACUUCAGCGUGAUGGAGGGAGUCGGCCUGCGGCCCUUGGCCACGGAGCUCGGCAUGCCACUCUCGCCGACACCGCUGCGCUGGGACGACUCUGCGACUUGGGGGAACAAUGGCACUUGUGCGCACGUGUACUGCGAGGUACUGGCUUUGCAGCAGCAGCGGCAACAGGGGACCAGCCACCAAGUCCCAGGGUGGGUGCCCCACGCGGCUGACGUCUUCGCCCUCGCGUCGUCGUCAUCGACGGCGGGAGCCGCCAUGCACAGGCCCCACAGCUCCGGCUAUCGCCUCAGAGCCGCGGCGCGCAAUGACUUCCCUGCCAUGAGCUUCUCUUCAGAGUCGGAUGGGCAGGGCCGGGUCGCGCGCCGCGCACCGCUGAGUGACAGUGGAGAGGGGGCUGAGGCACGAAGCGCCUACGAUACCCGGACGUGGACUGUCGUUACAGGCGCGGAGCCGAACGCGGUGCUGCCCGUCACGGACUCUGUUGCACACACAAAUUAUCCUCGCUGGCGGCACACGUUUCGUUGCGGCCUCGCAUUGUUGUCGAGUCUUCACCUUCGCGUGUUUGACCUUUGCCAGUACCGUCUUGGCGGCGACGGCAGGGAGGCAACGCCGCAGGACGCAGAGAGGGGCUCUGCGCGGGGACGGCUCGGCGGGGUGUCUGAGGGACGGGCGAUGCUGCUCGGCACCACAACCGUGUCGAGUUGGCUGCUGCGAAGGCUGCUGUGUCGGUCAUCUGGCGAGGGGUGUGCCUGGCUACCGUUACUGUGGACCCCCGGGGCGGCUGCCAGGCCAGUGACAGCCUCCGCCACGGCCAAUGGCAAAGCUAGCUUUCAGAAGCACUUCUUCCCUGCUGUGUGCAACGGCUUUGUGCUGGUCGAGUGGCGCCGCGUGCCUCAAGCCACCGCUGUGGCGCGGUUACCUUGCUCUGGAGAAGCGAGCUCAUGGUGUGCCUCGGUCACACGUCGCUUGCUCAGCAGCAAAGGUCGCCACACGACGGCGUCGGCAGCGCGCACAAGGUCAUUCCUUGGCACACUCAGGAAGUUGCACGACUAUCCGCAGCUCUGGUAUCAUCCAAUGCCCUCACCUGGGACUGAACCGAACAGCGUGACAGCGGUGCCCACGGCUUACUCGCGCCAACUGGGGUGGAUAACCCCUGAGGUUGUGCCGUGGCUGCGGGUUCACGAGGUACGACUGCAGUGGCCCUGGCUGCAGCAUCUCCUCUGCAUGCAUGGUGGACAGGCGCAGCUUUCGCUGCGUUACCCUACCGCACAAGGUGAGAUGCGCCUACUUGCGCAGUGCUUGUUGGUCCCGUUGCGCGAGUUGGUAGGGCCGUCGACGAGCACUGUUUGCGGAGGACGGCCAUCACGCGUGCACUCACGCCAGACGCGCGACGCGACUGCGCUCUACGGCUUGGUGCUCUCCGGUGCACCAUCGGAUGACGCUGCUCCGCCACCAAGCGCGGCGGCUCCAGCAGAGGCGACGCUGUGCCUCCCGGCGAGCCCGCUCAUCGAGGUGCAGGUAUGGUGGUACCCCCGCAGCGGUACUGGCAGCGCAGCGGGCGGCGGCUUGGUUGCGCCGUUUCGUUUCAUCGGUCGAGGCGAGUGGCGCUUCCCUGUGCACGAGGAGGCUGCUGGGAUGCGAGGGUUGGUUGCAGGGACAGGCCAGGGCGGGUUUGAGGAGGCGCUGAAUGCUCAUCUCACCACGGCAGGUGAGGCAGGGCUUGCAUGCCUGAGCGACGGCGAAGAGGAGGGCGGGGCGGCGAUGGGGCUGGCGCCGCUGCCGACGGCUCUCCGCAGCUUCUUCACCCCACAUGAGGCGGACUUACGCGUGGCGCCGGUGCACAGCACUGGUCUGCCGCAGCAUUUGGAGGGAGGCGUGCUGACGUGGCGUCUUAUGUCUGUUCCUCGGCUGUUGUGCGAUGACUGGGGUAAGGUGCCCCCCGCGAUGCCACGGCCGCUGCCCGGGUCGUCGUCCUGCGUUGAGGGGCCGUGCGGAGACGUCCGUCGUCCGUUGCGACCGUCCCCUGCUGCGGUGCCGGCCUCUACUUGGGUGUGGCCAGAUGUUGGCACGCCAGCAGUAGUGCAUGUCGAGGUGUGCGACAUGAUUUGCUUCGACCACACAGAUGGACCGUGCAUCGACGCCGUGCACGCCACCGCAACUGUGCAGAUUGCAGUGAGCGGCACCACGUGCGUCGGCUCCCCGACAGAGACCCCGUCCGACGAGUCAGCGGCAAUCACUGCGGCGAGGUGCUGGAUGUGCCCUGGAGACGCCCCACCACCCGACGCCUCUCGUGUGGCGUACGCCUUGUCUCCGGUACACAAUAGGGCCGCGAAUGCGGCGGGCACCUGGAACGACAUGGGUGGUUACCAGCAGCAGUAUCAGCUGCCAACCUCGCAGGCUUCGUGGGCGGUGAAGACGCCGCUGCAGCCGCCACAAGCGACCGCCGCAGCAGGGGGUGGCGAGAAGGGUGCAGCGCGCAGGGCCGUGCCGGGCGUUGGAGCAUCUGGCCAUCCGACAGUGGAGGUGCAGUGGCCACCACGUCGAUUUGGCUGGGUCGACGACGCACCGCCAUCCCUCUCUGUGUGGGUGAUGACACCUCCGUCGUUGUCCAGGGGCGCGGGCGCAGCGGGCGACACAGCCGCAGCGGCGACGGAGGUGAAGGAGCGCGUGUGGGGAGCCGUUCGAUUGCCGGGGCUGGACGCCUUUACGAGUACCUCGGGAGUGCUGUGGCUGCCACUCUUCCAAAGUUACACCGCGUCUCCUCUGGCCGCUGAGGUGCCGCGCUGUACUGCUACUGAAGACAUGGCUCUGAGCAGCAUUAGCAGUGGCAGUGGCACCGGUGAACAUUGCGGUGCACUCUCGCUGUCACCCCCGCCCUCAACAGUGGAGUGGGUACACGGCGGCAUUGCCGCGACAGCUCCGCCGCAAUCAACUCGGCUUCCUGGCGAUGCGCUGGACUCGUUGGUGAUGAUGGCCGCGCCGCGCGCAGCGAUCGUGGUGAAGCACGUCGGCUUCGUUGCGGUCCGGUACGCACACAAUAUGCAGAGGCGCGCGGCUGACGCCGCCACGACUCGCGGGACGGAACCCAGUGCUGCUGGGCCGCGUGCCCUGCUGGUGCGCGUCGGGUCAUUACAUCGACGCUUUCCUGUGCGUGCUGCUGCUCGUCAUACCCUCUCUCCCCUCUCAUCCCCUCCGCCGUCCGUGUCAUGCACACCGGUGUCGGAGGCGCCGCUCACGCCGCCGUCUGACGCCGCGUCCACACAUCGCAGCUCAGCAUGGACAGCUCUUGCAGCUGUCGACAACGCUGCGGACACUGCUGCGGCGACAGGCGUUCUCUUGGACAACGCCAGCGGUGAUGCGGAUGUGCUUCUGGGCUUCGAGGCCCAUCAGCUAUGGGUGCGCGCGCCUGACGCUGACAUUGGCCGGGAUGAUUCGCGUGAGGCAAGUGGCUCGAGCCGCGUCGCCGUGUUUCCUCUUCCACGGCGCGACACCGGCGAUGGCGGCUCACUUCAACUGCGUGUGCAGGCGCGCGUGGCCGCUUCAGGAGUAAUGGCCACCAGCACCAUGUACUUCGACCCUGGCGGCGAUGAAGCGACGCCAGAGGGUGCCCAGUGGGUGCCGCUCGUGGUGCGCCGCCGUCUUCACGAUGAACACGGUGUUGGCUACGACGGCGAAGGCGAGAGUGUGGUGGCUGAGCUUCUCGUUCAAUGGCGGGUUGUGGACUUGUCUGUUGUCACUGCCCCUCCGCGCUCGACCUUCUCACCGAUGUCACUGCAGCGUCUUGUGCGAGAGUUCUGCGGCGGCGGCGAUGCCUCCUGCACUUACACAGUUCUCCCAGCACUGUCUGCAGCAACGCAAAUACACCGGAAUUCGUUAAGGCAAAGUUGCGCUGGCGCUCAGCAGCAUGCAGGCUUCUUGAGGCUACCCGGUAGUGAACGAAGGGUGCAGGACACGGUCACCGCCGAGCAGGCGUCACGAGUGCUCUCCCGUGUGCUGUGCACAACCCAGCCCCGGCACCGCCGGUGCGUCUAUUGGACGUUGGACCAGCUGUUCGUGCAGUGCAGCGCGCGUCAGCGGCGAAUGUGGGCGGCACUGCAACGAGGAACGACUGCAUCUCCGCAGGAGGUGUUGGUGGACGGCGAGAACGAUGACGCCGCCUCGGCGCCGAUUCGAUUUCGGUUGGAGGUGCAGCUACGGUGGCCUGCCGAGUGGAGCGCGGCGUGGCGCGGCAUCGCAUCCUCGUCGCCGCGGCGCGUGCCACUGGAAGCCGAGAUGGGCGCGGCUGCGAGCUUGUCUCCUGCAGCAGCCGCUUCCGCAACGCCAACAGCGGGCACGGUCCCCCUCAACGUGUGGAUCGACAGUGGAGAGGGCGUCUUCGCGGAGAGCAGUUCUCCCGCUGCUCCCGGUGCUGCUGGUGCGGAUGGGGCCGCGGCAUAUGCGUCGGAGGAGCGCCUCCUAUCUUGUGCGGCUCUGCCCCCGCUGUGCUUGGUAUUGCCGUCUGCGCAGGACAUCGACCGCGUACUCGGGGACCUGGGGCUUGCGGCGCGCUUCAGCCUGACGUUCGCUCUCUUUCUUGUUCCGCAGUGGCGGGGUGACAAGGACUCCCCCGAGAAGAGGACGUCUGACGUGUGUGUCGGCACUGGCCGAACGCCCAUGGCGGCUUCUCCAUCGGUGCAGUUUGGCCUCACGUCGCUCCUACCAUCUGUUAGCCGCAGGAGUGGCGGUGGGCCACCGUGUGCGGACGCCGCUGGCGCGGAUGCAAAGGGCGGCGUAGAAACGGUGCCACCGUUACUCCGCUGGCGCGCACGCGUGACGGAGUCUCUGCCAGUGUCCCCACCAGCGUCGUCAGUAUUGUGCACCUCACCGAAGGUGCGGGACCUUACAGUCGACAGCGGCAAGGCGAUGGGAGACGACGUGGCACGAUGCGGCGAGCAGAUGCCGUCAUGGUCGUUCUCCUCUUCACUGGUCAGCUCUUCCGCGGCAAAGGAGGAGGUCAUCGAGGGUGACGGACGUACCCAAACCACGGGGGCCGCUGCUGCACCCCUGCUGCCGCGCACGCCAGCGCUGGCGCACGUCGCUGUCACGCGUAUCGAGCUAUGUGGGGUCGACGUCAGCCUUGCUCGUGGGGCGGUGCAGCGCCAUCUUCGCGCGCUUCCUCCCGCGACGGUGACGGUGAUGACGGCGGACGUCACAGACGCUGCAGCCGCACCCACAGAUCGGAGAGGUGGCGCGGGCACCGAAGCGUCGGCCGUGCACCAGCUACUGCCAUGUCUGCUGCCCCUCAGACCCACUGCCGCGUCUCCACCGAUUCACGCCAGCUCAACGCCCCCGUUGCCCAUGGCACGCCUGGACGAAACGCAACCAUUCCCGCCGCCGCUGGAGCGGUACAUGUGGAGCGUUGAUGUGUGCAUUGCCGCACCUGUAUCGCAGCUCGUCUUCUACGUCAGCGUGCCCGUCGCUGCAUUGCGCUCGACGCGCGUGGAAGAGGCAUGGCUGCAGCCGAGGAGCCCCUCGAGUGAAGCUGAGCAGCAGGACGCAGACUCACAAAGCGUGGACGCGCGCUGGCGAUUGUGGCACGGGGAUCAGGUGAACGUGGUGGGCAAGGCAGCGUACGCAUUGAACCUGUUGGAUCAAGUGAAAGGCGCGCGACGAACUUGUGAUGACAGUCGCCUCAUCUCAGCAGCGCAGACGGCGAAUUGCACGCGUGAUGUUGUGCUGGAGGUGGAGAGCCUCGUGCACGGCCGCUGGCUCGGCCGCCUCUGGCUCCAGGUGGACAUCACCGCUGCCGACCUGCUGAUGCGCGAUGCAGCCUCGGUCUUCUUCACCUCGCGCAUGACCCUCAGUGUUCAGCGCUGCAGCGGUUUCGCCGUUGGGGAUGUGCCGCUAACCUACCGCGCGGAAGAGACGUACGUGCGGCUGCGUGAACGGGCAGCACUGCUGUGCGAGAGGCGUGGCAGGCUGCCACGGAGACUGCGCCAACAACUAAAGGAAAUACGCCAGAUUCGACAUCAGCUGCGGCAGGGGCAAAGUCAGCAGCGUGACGGCGUGCUCGCCAAUCAUGUGACUCCUUCCACAGCGGGGGUGGUGCGGCUGACGUCUGCGUGGGGCGAGCCAGGCGCUGGACCUUCGUCGACACACACAUCCAACCCUUUCGCGCUUCCCACAGCGGCGGAGCUCGUGCGCCAAAGGUCCAGGGCAACAACAUCGUCAUCUUCGACAUGUGCGCCACUGCUGUGCGUGUCGCGUGAUACGAACACCGCACAUAUCACAAACAGCGCGACGGCAACCGUGCACCUGGAGCUGUGUCAGGCGUCCAACGGCGUUACCGUAGCUGCUGGUCAGGUGGUGCUACCCCUGCGCUCCGCACGCACGCUGUGGCAUGAUGGCGCGUGGCACCCGCCCGUGUCGACGGUCACUUCGCCGCUGUUGAUGCGUGUUGAUCUUCAGCCUUGCACGGUAAGUGAGAUGCCCACUCCGCACAUCCGCCCGGUGACCCCGUCCGGGGGUGAGGCAGACGUAACGGCGACGUGGGUGGCGCACCCCGCGCGCGGCGACACAUGGCUUACCUGCAUCUGUUUGAAACUGACGGCAGGCGGCGACGGUGCUGCGACGCCGCCUCGGCAGCUGUUUCUGCGCUGGGUCUACUGCUUCGAGGCCACAGCGUACCCGGAGACGGAGCACGCGGUCGACAUGCCUCUGCGCUUGAGGUCGUCCUCGACCGCCAAUGGCCAUGGCGGAAAAAGCGCGCAGACGCCGCAUGCAUGUCACCGCCUAGGGUACAGCGCGCCGGUGUACUGGUCGGGAGCAGCCAUGCAGCUGCCGCGAAUCGGCCCGGUGGGGGCGACAAUCAGGCGUGUCGAGCUUCUGGAGGUGACCCCGUUGUCCUGCGCUCAUCUCCUUGUUGGCGGAGAGGCUUGGGGGGUGGCACAGCCGUCGCCGCUCCGAUCGAAGUUGCCGACGCGAGAUGCCUGCAUGACGACGCGGCUCGCCGUGCAUGUGUGGACAGUUGCGGAUGAGCUGUGCUUUGAGACGGGGCAUCGCCAGGCGCAGGACUCGGGCGAAGAUGCACUUAUGUGGCUGACCUGCGGGGGUGCCUCUGCCGGCGGCAGCGGUCGCUGCAGCCCUGGCUACGAGGUGCUUCUGGGCCUCUAUACGAGUAGCUCUCUAGCGAGGUGUGCUGCGCAGCUUCUGCAGCAGCGGAGGUUGCAAGCGACGGGCGCGGGGAUGCCCAUUGCACCACUCGCACUCGCGAAGCAGCCGCCGCGGUUGCCCCCGCAUGCUGGCGUCAACGCACCGGUGGCGUGCAAUGCCUCAGGUCCUCUCAAGGUUGACGGGUCGUCAUCGUCGCCGCCAACGCCUCAUGUGCGUUCUCAUGCCUCGACGAGCUCAGCCAAAGGCGUCGUCGUCCCUGGUGCGGUCGGAAGUGGUGGCGGCGUUGCGAUGAGGGCCCUGACCUUCCGGUGCGGCGGCGCCGCACUCGCUACACUAGAGUUGGGGCAAGUAGACACGAUCUCAUGCUGCGUUGUCGCCGCACGAGGUCGACGCGACCGCGGCGCUGCUCUCCGUGUUCACCAACUACCAGGGCCCGAGAACAGCAGCGGAGCCGUCGACCGCCCUGAGGCGUCCAUUGUAGUUCUGGAUGCCGGCAGGGCGACAUCGCUGCUGCAGGAGCGGUGCUCUACCGAGGACCUACCACAGGCCGCCCCAGGCUCUUCUCCCCUCGCCUCUGCGCAACUCACCGCCACGUGGUUGCCAACACUGGAGUUGUCACGCUCGACAAUGGUAGCGCCGUGUGCGACUGCAGCGCCACCAGGGGCAGAUGCCCACCACAGUGCGCAGAAGGCGCGCUUGCAGGAGGUACGAGGCGCAUUGCUGCGCGUGGUGCUGCCCCUGGCGCAGCCUGAUCCAGUGGUCGCGGCAGCCGGCGACGGCAAGGCUGAUGACGAUGCCGGCAGUGGCAGCGACGACGGGGUGGCGGCCAUAAAAGAGGAGGAGUUCCGCAUCGAGGUGUCUGUGCGAGGUCGCCGUUGCGGUGCCGGCGUCGAUGAGACGGCGACCACGGCGUACUACGUCUCCGACCCCUUGUGCGCAUCCGACAUCUUUCGUAGUGCUCGAAGCUAUGGCGAGCGGAGCGGCAUCGGCAGCAGCGCAGACACGACGGCGGCCGCGGCUGGCGGUGAGUCUCCGCUUAGCAUGUCCCCCUCGCAGUGGCUGUCAACGUUGGUGAUGCGCCUUGUCCAGGCGCCGGCGUCUGCUGGGACGACGGGCUCAGCCACCUGUGAGAGGAGUGAGAAGGGGCGGGAGGCUGGGCCGCUGUCGCCUCGGAUGGCCCCGACAGCAACGAUGGAGGUGACGUGGUCGUUGGACGUGCUCGGUGUGCUGCGAACCAGUGCCUGUGCUGCCGGUGUGGUGCUGGCCUCCGCGAAGUGCGCUCGCCGCCGCGCCGACCGCGACGCUGGAGACGGGGCCCAUCGCGCAAAAGCCGUCUUCGGCUCGCUUGCACGCAUGGCCGAUCACACAGACGAGGACGACGACGCGAGCGGUGGUGGGAUGGGGAUGCGGCAGCUGGAGGCGUACGCGACAUGGACCGAUUUUUUUGCGGCCCAGGACGGCGUGGAGAAGAUGCGGGCGGCGCAGGCGGAGCUGCGGCACUGGCGUUGCACUAUUGUUGGGGUUGAGGUGGCGGGGGUCGAGUUGCCGUCGUGGUGCUCCACCGGAGUCGAAACGGACGCUGACACGGAGGACGAGGUGUACGAUAUUGCCCAGUGCACGUCCCUCCUCGCCCAGCUUGUGCUACCCAUGGGAGCGCCAAGCAGCGCGGCUGGCGCGCAUGCGGAGGGGCAACCGACGCAGGACAGCGAUGGCACGGGGCAUCAUUAUCGACGUCGUGUGCGCAGCAAGGGUGGACUCGUGAUGGGUGUUGCCCGCGCCACUGUGACUCGCAUGGAUCGCGGUGCGCGUCUGGACACGGAGACCGCACCGACCUCUUGCUACCCUGCCACAGUGAAGGGUGGCGCAUGCAGCGCACGAUCUGUUGCCCCCGUCAGCAGCAGGUCUGGGCCACGGCGUCAUCGGUACACCGGCACCUUCACCCCGCUGUCGUGGAGUAUGGCUGUGUCUGACAUGAUUGGCCAGGCCGCCGCCGCCGCCGCAGUGCACAGAGAAGGGAAAGGAGCAGCGCCGACAGUCGGCGGAGCCCCCGCUGCGGGGCUCACUGUGUGGCAGCUCCUUGGUCGUGCGCCUGCUUCCUCGUUCUCGGCCAGGAACAGCAUCGACAACAACCACAGCACCGCGGAGAACACAACCCAGCUGGUCUACAACCUUGGUACCACGCAGCUCGCCGGCCUCCUCCACGAAUGCGCCUUGUACCUCGUCCAGGUACUGGGGCGCUGGCUUAGCGAUGUGUACACAACGGAGGAACGGGACGCACUGCUGGGGGCGGCUGCUCUGUACCCCACGCAGUGGAUGCCGCUGGCGCCUGUCACGCCAAUCAUGGGUGGCACCCACGGUGACGCUCGCGUGCGCUUCAAGUGCGCCUACAGCUACCACGGGCCUGCACUGCUAUUGCCGAGGAGCCUUUCGAUGGUGGCGCCGUCGUGCAUCACAGCACCACGUGUUCUCGCCGACGCCGUCUGCUGCGCACAGCUCGAUCACGUGCAGCUCGCCUACACGAGCUUGGACGGAACGGAGGCGACUGCGACCAUGACGGGGCCACACUGUCGAAAUAGCGCGAGUGCCGCAGCGGCGUGGUUGAGUCGCUUGUCGCUGGUGAUGCGUGUUCGUGUCACCACGGAGAGAGCCGUGGACGGUGCUGUGAUCCAUUCUCGCAACGUAGCGCAGUGGCACACGCGUCUGGCAUCGGCGCCGUGCGGCGGCGCGCCGCUAAUCGCCGAAGCGGCAUGGGUGGGCGGCACGGUUGCUCCUUUUGCACCGACAGCCUCCUCCUCCUCCUCCUCCUCCUCCGCAGCUCCGCAGCCCACGCCAGCACCGACAGCACCAGUGGCGGCCCCUGUGCCGGUGACCGUUUUGCCAUCCGCGGGCAGGGCAGCGGAGUCGCCUCAGGAUAGAGGCGACGAGGCCCGCCAGCGCAUCGCCACCGCUGCCUCAGCCGCCCCGCCGUCGGUAACGGAGGUCGUUCCUCUGCUGCCGACGUCAUCCUUUUUCUGUUGGCACCCACCAAGCCUGGAGGAGGCGAUGGAGGGCUACAGUGUGGCACAGACGUCCGCCGCAGCGCCUGCUGCCCAUGCCACGGAGACGACGACGACUACCUUGGUAGAGAUAGUUUUGGUGUUGGCAGACGAGAAGACGGAGGAGGGCGACGACGCUGUUGCAAACUCCCAGGGGCGACUGCCCGGGAGUGGCGGCGGUGUCGUCGCGGGUACCGUGGUCGGACGUGGACAGCUUCGCCUUGGCUCCUCGAGCUCGAAGGAAGUGGUGUGGGACGCUGCAGAGGGCCGAGUGGAGAGUGGGUGGCGGCUUUACGCGCCUCUCUCGGUGCGGCUGCCUGUGUCCGCUGAGGCUGCGCUGCCUCGCAGUGGAUGUGACGCGCCCACCCGGGCUGUCGCCGCAGGAGAAGGGGUGCAGGGUGAGCCACAUCCCCUUUUGGCGUUUUCGUUUGAUCUGCUGAUCUUUACGGCGCCGAGCAUGGCUCAGGUAGCCGCAUUGCAGGCUUCCCGGGCCGCGCAAGCCGAGCAGCGCCGUCGCAGCUUGUCUGUCCUCCAGCGCACGGAGGAGGUGCUUGCCACAUUGGCAACAGCCGAUUAUCUUCUUCAUGAACAGGGAAAUGAGCUCAACAAGGGCGCUUGCAGCAUCGCUGCAGGAGAGCCACGCAUGACGCUGCGCCAGUUUUCGCAGAUGUGGGUGUCUCGGAAGCCGUAUCAGCUUCUGCGCGUUCCGCCCAUAGUGAUCCGCGUGGACACGUUUGCCGUGCUGGAUGGCGUUCCUUCGUCAUCAGCAAGGCGCGUUGCCGCAUUGUCCGGCGGCGGCAACAACAAGGGCGGUCCCACACGCCUUUCUCAGACGCUGUGGACGACGCUGCGAAGGCGAGUGGUGCGGCGAGCGAGUACUCACGACGUCACGGAUGCCGUGCCGUGCCCCAGUCAACGUUGCAGCGGGGGUGGGUUCAGCAGCGGCACGAGCGACGCUGCCGUGUCUGUCGAAGUGCAGGUGUGGCUUGUCGACGAACAGACCGGUGAAGUUCGAGUUCCCGUGUGGACACUUCUCUCCAACGGACCACCGCUGCGCAGCAGCGGUGGUGGCGCCACAUGUAACCUCUCGCACAUACCCUCGUUGGCGUCACACCUUCACGCCGGCCGCGCCAUCUUGCAGAAUGUUCAGCGCCUCCGACUGGACUGGUGCUCUGAGGACGAGGGAGCUCGCUCGCAGAGCAUGAGCCUUCUCGCGUCGUUGGCGGGUCUUUUAGGUAGCGCAUCUGUGUCUUACAUGGCCACAAACGGAUCGGCGUGCACGUGGGUUAGCGGUGGCCUGCGCCGUCGCUGCGCACAACACACUCGCCACGGCACCUGCCACGCCUCGAAAGUGCAGGGCAGUGCAGGUGGAGGAAACUCUGACCGCGGAGCUGUUGAGCCAGCCCCACCACUCUUGCGAUCCGCCGCUCAUCACACGAGUCCGGGCCGCCGGUGCCGCCAGCCCCUUGUGCCGCCGCGCGCCGCGGGGGUGGCCGCACAACCCUCACCACCUCCACCCCCACCGGGACUCGACUCGUGCACAGCCUCUUGCCAGCUCGAUUACGCCCUCUACGGGUCUCACUUCCUGAGUUGCGCAGCGGCUGCGCAGGAUGGGCAGGGGACAAGGCCGGGGUGGCGCUGCGAGGCGCAUGCCUCCGUCACCGGGCCGUUCUCCGCUGCCUCUCCCAGUAUGAACGCUGGCUCACGGCUGUUUCACAGCGCGACGCUGGUGGGGAGACGGAUUUGGCUGCUUGGCGGCUGGAUGUCUCCACCAGGGGCGACGACACUGCCCUCGACGCUCGCAGCGCUAGUGGGCACAGCGCGGCUUGUGGAGCGCCGACGGCGCGAAGUGCGUCAAGCCGUCACCCACGGCAGCGACAACGAUGCCACGGGCGACCGCCUCUCUCCCGCACCUCUGAUGGAGUGCUCAUCCCGUCGCGCGAGCACCUCGGCACCCAGCGCGCGGUGCAAAGCAGGCGACGCACCGUCCUCGGCCUCCCUGCGCUGGUGUGAGGUGGUGCAGUCCGUUCAGUGCCUGAACGACGGCUUUCCAGCGCCGCCGGUCGAUACACCCUCGCCAUCUUCGCAGGCGGAAGACUCCAGGGACGCGGCAGGUGCGACAAGGCGCCGGCUUGCGGCGCCGCCCCGACUGGCCUGCCACGUGGCGGUGACCUGCGGAGAUCGAUAUGUGGCUGUGUUUGGAGGGUUAAUGGCACCUACCGGGACAGACGACGACGAGCCUGUCGCGACGUCGGCUGUGCACGUCUACGACACUGUGCAGGGGACAUGGUCUGCGCAGUACGAGCCCAACACGGGCGACGUGCAAGGCGAGUGGCCCGUGGCGCGCUACGGCCAUUGCGUGGCCCCGGUUCCCGGCACCGGCGGCGCGCGGCAGCCCCGCAGCUACUUCGUCUUUGGAGGGGCGACCACAACACCGUCUUGUCGCACCGUCCUGGUGCCGCCAGCGCAGCUUCUGUGGAUGUGGACGCCCAUGCAGGGUGUCCGCCUCCAACACGGCAGCAGCGGCGCCGUCGAGGAUGUGUCGAUGCACAGCGCAUGGCGGCGAGUGCAGCUGCCCGUGGAGCUCAUCACCCCGCUUGCCGGCCGCUUCUUGUCGCAGCUGCACGCCUACUCCGCAGUGGAGGUGGCUGCCGCCGUAUGCGGCGAUGAAGAGCCCCUCGAUGAUGGGGCGGCAGUGCCGCCUGAGCCCGGAUUUGCGUCCAUAAUACUUUGCGUCGCAGGUGGCAUGACUGCGCCGGCGCUGCACAAGGUGCCGGCGACAUCGCACGAUCAGUGGCCUUUCGCCACGGAGGCUUCCGCAGCAGACGCGUACCGCGCCUUCUGCGAGCGCGUCGAACCGUGGUUCGCGCACCCGGCGUCUGACGUGGCGUCUGUGUUGGUGGCGUGCGUCUGUGAGCGCCAGCAGCAGCUGCCGUCUCUGCCCGCAUACUCUGCACCUCCUUCACAGGUACGUACGCGCACACAUUGA